ACCAAGCGAAGCGAAAUCCUCUUUCCCUCCUCAUGCCGCCACCCGCCGCCGCCGCCGCCGGCGGCGGCGAAACCCCGUCCGGGGUAGCCGCAGAGAGCAGCGCCAGCGCGGAGGAGUCGCGGUGGCUCGCGGCCCUCUCCGAACCCGAGCUCGAUCUGCUCAUCAGCCUGAAGAUGCUGGCUGUGAGGCGGGCCGAGACGGCCGGCCGCCCCCACCUCGCCGACGCCUUGGAUCUGCGCACGCUGCGGGCUCUCGGUGUUGUUUUGCUGGAAGAUUUCAAACAACGGCUAAGAGAAGAAACCUCAGUCGAUGCAACCGGUCUUGAUAGACUUGCGCUAUCGAGGGAUCCUGUUAUGGAUGUUGGCAUCAGUAGUAAUACUAGUAGUGACUCCGAGGUGUACAGGCGGCGCAGCAAAGAUCAAGCAAUAGAGUCAAGCGGUGUAAAGAGAAAACGAAAGCAAACGCGUGAUUGGCGUCAUGGAGAGGCUGUCCGAAGGAACAAGAAAAGAAGAAAAACGAGCUAGAGGAGAUAGCGGCGAUCAUAAAUCGACUGCGACGAUUUUCCUAAAGCUAGCGAUCUUGUGCAAGAACCACCGGAUGUCGUUGAGCAAGAUGAUUGGACGCUUGGAGCUGCCGCUCCUGUAAAUUUUGCUCUACAUGUUGUAGUCUACCUUUCUGUGUGGAGUAACAAGAGUCGAAGAACUCGACUAUCAGAUAUAUGGAUGCCCGGUCAAAGUUUUAUUUUUUGCUGAAUGGAUGUAACCAAGCACAAUGAUGAAAAGAAUCAUAAUCAUCACACUGCCUCCUUA